AUGGCCUCUACGCCCGGAGCAAGAGGCACGCACGGAAAGGUCGGCGGCCUCCUCCAUGCUCCUCCUGCCGCGGCAACACCGACCGGGCGGCCCAGCAGCGCCGAGCCGGCAUCGUCCCGUCGCCAGCUGCGCACGCCGCUCGAUCGGAACCCUUCCCGCGACCUCCUCGCCUCCGUCCGCCGAGCCACGUCGGCAUCUGGGGGGCGUCGAAACAACGCGCCGACCCCCCACGCAAAGGCCGCCCGCAAGGCCGUCGACCAACGAAGGACGGCCAUGUACACGCCGGGAAAGAAUCGUCGACGCAGCAUCAGGGAGCAGAGAGAAACACCCAUGGACAUCCUACGUAACCUAGGCAGGGCUCUGGCUCCCGUGAGCCAGCCAAUUGUGUCGUCGUCAUCCCCGCGUGACAAACGGUCGAGCAUCGCCGCGAUCCCCGAGGAAGACGACGACGACGACGACGACGCCUUGUUCGUCAACAGUCCGCGUCUUUCCCUGCCCCUCGACGACGACGACGACGACGGCGGCUUGUUCGUCGACAGUCCGCGUCUUUCCCUGCCCCUCGACGACGACGACGACUCGGAUCUUCAGCCGCCCCGCUCCGUCGGCCUCGAGGACGAAAACUACACGGUCCAGUCGGUUGAGCUGCCCCGCCGCGCCCUCAGCGAGCAACCGGCGUCGAGGCUGUCUCGUGGUAGUUUUGCCAGCGCCCCCUUUAGCGACUUUCUCGACAGUAAUGAUGCCACGCAGCACGGUGGCCGGCAGUCGGACUUCUUCCCUAGCCUGCUGGAUGACCAGCAAGCCAACGCUGAUCUGGGCGACGCGACAUAUGACCGCAUUGAUGCGGACCCAACACGACGCACGACGAUGGGCCGUGAGAGCGACUUUGGCCUGCAGCUGCCCGCCGGCCUCGACGAUCAGACUACAUUUCUCAUGUCCGACCCCCCGGCCGAGGGAGAGGCCGGCCCCGAUUCGGAUCCUCCCUCGGCACGCCGCCCCUCUGCAGGAUCCAUGGCAACAGAGGAUGACUCGCGCCAGUGGCACGUGGCGUCGCCGGCGCACAGCACCAACGACUUGACAGAGGUUGCGCCAGAGCCAAGACGACGGGCACCAAAGGCGCGGAAGCAGCGGAAGCGAAUCUCGAAACAUGGCUCCGAGUACCCGCCACUGCCACCCUCCUUCGUCAAGAGGGUAGCACAGACGGCUCUCCAGUCGUCGGGCCUCAGCAACCGUCGAAUCUCGGCCGAGACCUUGACCGCCCUGACGCAGGCGUCCGAGUGGUUCUUUGAGCAACUGGGCGAUGACCUCGGCGCCUACGCAGCGCACGCGAAACGAAAAACAAUCGAGCAGAGUGACGUGGUGACGUUGAUGCGCAGGCAACGGCAAGUCGGCUCGGACACUACAUUGUUCUCGCUCGCGCAGAGGCACCUCCCCCGCGAAAUGCUGCAGGAGCUGCGGAUGCCCGUACCCGUGCCUCCGCCCACCAAGCAACGUCGCGCUCGACGAUCGCGUGGGGCUGCCGAAGAGGCGACCGAGACGGGUUGA